AUGAGAAGGCCAGAAAGUGCGGAGCUUGCUGCGGAAGAACCCCAAGGCCAGAAACGGCGGAGCUUGCUGCGGCAGAACCCCAGCGGCAGCGGCGGCGACGGCGGCGGCGGCGGCGGCACCCCAGCGGCGGAACCCCAGCGGCGGAACCCCAGGGGCGGAGCUUGCUGCGGAGGAACCCCAAGGACGAAUCAGAGCGAAAGUCACCAUCGUCUGACCGGCCCUCCCCGAGCUGAGGAUUUAAUCCCAGAGAUACUCCUGGGUGAUGGGCCCAGCAGGUGCAGACACACAGGGGCCCCUCUGCUGCCAAGGCCCAGGCUCUUCAGCAUGAAGCCCAUCCUGGGGGCCUCUGUCAUUGUCAUUUUCCUUAUAACUGGGUCCUCUUCUCCCCACCCCAACCCUCAUCUGAGAUUUUCUCUUGUAGAUGCACACUCCCUUUGCUACAACUUCUCAUCCAGACAGCAACGGUAUAUAGAGAUACAAGGCCAAGUGGAUGGAAGGACUUUUCUUUACUAUGACUAUGGCAGCAACAAUGUUAUAACCUUGGGUCCCCUGGGAACUAAAGUCAAUGGUACAGACGAGUGGAGAGAUCAGACCGAAACUCUGAGAGAUGCGGCAAAGUUGUUCAAAGAGCUUCUGCUUGAUAUUAAACUGGAGAAUUAUAAAAUCAGGGCUCCUCUCACCCUGCAGGCCAAAAUGUGUUGCCAGCAUAAAGAUGGUAAACGCACCCGAGCAUUCUGGCAGUUCGGCUUUGACGGAUAUGUAUUCCUCCUCUUCGACUCGGAGAACAUGAAGUGGAGCGAAGGGCAUCCUGGAUCUAGACUGAUGAGAGAGACGUGGGAGAAGAACGAGACUUUGAAGAUGUUCUUCUUGACCACCUCACAAGGAGAUUGCCAUAGAUGGCUUGAGAGGUUUUUGGCUGAGUGGGAGAAAAUGCUAGAGCCAACAGCACCAGUCACCAUGGCAGCAACCACAGCCCAAGCCAACACAGCCAUCACGCCAAGCCCUUGGAUGGUCCUGCUGAUCUUUAGCUGCUCAAUCCUACUUGGCACCCAAGGCCUUUAGAGUGACAGGGAGAAGCUGCUCCAAGAAAUCCUGGAAUCUGUGGUGUAGUCCAGCUGUUCUCCCUGUUGGCCUGGCAGCUUCUGCAUCACCUGCUCAUCAUCUCUCGACCAUCAGGAGGGUCCAGCCUUACAGCAGGUGCUGAUCGUGAAGAUGCAACAUUCCAUAGGUGACUGUCCUACUGUGCCCUUUUCUGGAUCUUUUUGUGCCUUUUUCUCUUGGUGCUACUGAAAGAAUUCCUGCCCUGGACCUUCUGUGUGAAUGAGAAAUCUCAACCAAGUGAAUGUUUUCCAUCUUCCAUUUGGUUGUGGAAACUCAGGGAGUUCUUAGAAUCCUGUCUGUGCAAUCUCACUGCCUCAGAGAUGGUUUGUAUUUUCCGAGAAAGAAACUCACCUUCUUCUAAAAAAAUCAAAAGUAUAUUUAUCAUUGGUUCCUUUACUAACUUAUUACACUGUGACAAUAUUUAAAUAAACAUUUCUAUUUUCUGAAAUUU